AUGGAUCAUACCUUGCAGCAUCGAGAGACUAUGAGAAAGGUACUCCAAUUCCAUUUGAAGCAAGCUCAAGAAAGGAUGAAACAGCUAGCCAACAGAAGGAGAUCUGACAAGGAGUUUGCAGUAGUGGAAGCCAAGGUGGGGUACGUUUCUUACCGGUUACAACUACCACCAACUGCUCGUAUCCAUCCCACUUUUCAUGUUUCACAGUUGAAAAAGCAUGUCGGGUCUGCAAUAAGUUCUCUAGUGUUGCCACCAGUAGGAUCUAAUGAUGCAAUUCUUAAAGAGCCAAUCAAGGUGUUAGAAAGACACAUGGUCAAGAAAAGGAAUCAAGCAGCAACUAAAGUCUUGAUUGAGUGGGCUAACACAUUUUCAAAAGAUGCUACUUGGGAGAAUCUAAAAGAGAUCCAAUAG